AUGCCUGGCAGCCGCUCUUCGAAAACCUUCAAGCCCAAGAAGAACAUCCCCGAGGGCUCCCACCAGUACGAGCUGCUCAAACACGCCGAGGCCACGCUGGGCAGCGGCAACCUGCGGCAGGCCGUGAUGCUGCCCGAGGGCGAGGACCUCAACGAGUGGAUCGCCGUCAACACCGUGGAUUUCUUCAACCAAAUCAACAUGCUCUACGGGACCAUCACGGAGUUCUGCACCGAGGCGAGCUGCCCCGUGAUGUCUGCGGGACCCAGGUACGAGUACCACUGGGCGGACGGCACCAACAUCAAGAAGCCCAUUAAGUGCUCGGCUCCCAAGUACAUCGACUACUUGAUGACGUGGGUCCAGGACCAGCUGGACGACGAAACCCUCUUCCCUUCCAAAAUCGGCGUCCCUUUUCCCAAGAACUUCAUGUCGGUGGCCAAGACGAUCCUGAAGCGGCUGUUCCGCGUCUACGCGCACAUCUACCACCAGCACUUCGACUCGGUCAUGCGGCUGCAGGAGGAGGCGCAUCUCAACACCUCCUUCAAGCACUUCAUCUUCUUCGUGCAGGAGUUCAACCUGAUCGACAGGCGCGAGCUGGCCCCGCUGCAGGAGCUCAUCGAGAAGCUGGGCUCCAAGGACAGAUAA